UUAGUUUUAAGUGAGUACAGUAAACGGCGCGCGCGCGAAGCACUCAAAGCUGAUAGUUGAUCAUUUGUGUUUUUUUUUUUGAACGAGUUAUUCUGACGAUUAUUCGGUGGAAUCGUCACUUUUACUUAAAUUAAAAACGAAAAAAAAAAACGAAACAAAUUUCGAUUAUCAAAAAAAAUUGCAAUAGUAAAUCAUUCGUUGUUCACAAUCAGUGAAGAAGAAAUAAACGAUUUAAAGAGCUCCCGCAUUUUAAGGAUAUUAUUAUACUUUUUUGAUCGUCGUCGUUUUGGUUCAAUUUCAAACGGCGAAAAAAAAUCAAACGAAAACGAUUUUGUUACGGAAAAUAAAAUCGAACUUCCAUCAAAAGUCAAAUAAAAUAAAUUUAAUAAAAUUAUAAUAAAAAAAAAAUCGACGAAGAAUGGCAGGACGUGUAGCAUCGGAUUGGGGAUCGACGGCAAAUACAAUGGCAGCCAGCCAAAUGUUCUACUUUUUACUAGUGCCACUGUUUGUGCUUUGGUUGAUUUACUUCAAAUUAUCUCGUCGCAAUUUGAACAAACACGCCGAAAAUAUUCCUGGGCCGCCUGGUUUGCCGGUUAUUGGCAAUUUAUUCGAUUUAAUGGGAUCAUCGCACAACGUUUUCCGGACCAUUUUGGAGAAGAGCGCUAUGUACGAUUUCGAUUCGGUGUGCAAAUUGUGGAUCGGACCAAAAUUGAUUGUGUUCCUGUUUAAUCCGGCUGAUGUUGAAUUGAUUCUCAGCAGUCAUGUGUACAUUGAUAAAUCGGCCGAAUACGAUUUUUUCAAACCAUGGUUGGGUGACGGUCUUCUCAUCAGUACAGGUCAUAAAUGGCGUUCACACCGAAAAUUGAUUGCACCGACAUUCCAUUUAAACGUUUUGAAAGGUUUCAUCGACUUAUUCAAUGAAAAUUCGCGUCAAGUCAUUAGAAAAUUGGAUUUGGAACUUGGAAAAACAUUCGAUGCUCACGACUACAUGAGCGAAGCAACCGUUGAAAUUCUAUUAGAAACCGCUAUGGGUGUAUCGAAAAAGACUCAAGGUCAAUCGGGAUACGACUAUGCAAUGGCUGUUAUGAAAAUGUGCGACAUUUUACACGCUCGCCAUCGUAGCUUGUGGCUGAGAGCUAACUGGAUUUUCAAUUUGACCAAUUUGGCUAAACAACAAAUCAAAUUACUCGGCACCAUUCACGGUCUCACCAUGAAAGUUAUUCGAAACAAGAAGAACGCAUUCAAACAGGGUGCCCGCGGUUCAUUGGCCCGUACUGAGAUCAAUACCAAAGGUUUUGGCACUGGUUUAGAAGAGAUCCGGUCAACAACAACCGUUGAAGGAUUAUCAUUUGGACAGUCAUCCGGAUUGAAAGACGAUUUGGACGUUGAUAACGAAGCCGAUGAUGUUGGCGAAAAGAAGCGUUUGGCAUUCUUGGAUUUAUUGUUGGAAAGUGCACAAAAUGGAGCCCUUAUCACCGAUAAGGAAAUUAAAGAACAAGUCGAUACAAUUAUGUUUGAAGGACACGAUACAACGGCCGCUGCAAGUUCAUUCUUCUUAUCGUUGAUGGGCAUUCACCAGGAUAUUCAAGAGAAAGUUGUUCAAGAGCUUAAUGACAUUUUCGGCGAUUCAGAUCGUCCGGCCACAUUCCAAGACACACUCGAAAUGAAAUAUUUGGAACGUUGUUUGAUGGAAACAUUACGUCUAUUCCCACCGGUGCCAAUCAUUGCUCGCGAAUUAAAAGAAAACUUGAAAUUGACCGGCGGUAAAUACACAGUUCCAGCUGGUGCUACAGUUGUUAUCACAACAUUCUUAUUGCAUCGUGACAAAAACAUUUAUCCAAAUCCAACAAAAUUCGAUCCAGACAAUUUCUUGCCGGAAAGACAAGCUAAUCGUCACUACUAUGCCUUCAUACCAUUUUCAGCUGGUCCACGAAGCUGUGUCGGUCGUAAAUAUGCAAUGUUGAAACUGAAGGUUCUACUUUCUACCAUUUUGCGAAACUAUCGCAUUCGUUCCGAUUUGAAGGAGGAGGAUUUCAAAUUACAAGCCGAUAUUAUAUUGAAGCGUGAAGAAGGAUUCCAAGUCCAACUCGAACGACGAAAACCGAUGGCAAAGGCUUAAUUAAGCCUCAACAAAUUUCCACGAUCGAUAAGCACCAUAAUUUAAUACGAAAAGCAAAAAAAAAAUUACAACAAUUUACUUUUAAAUUUUCUCUGAACAUUAACACACUCUCCCUUUGCUGUGUGCGCGUGUGUGUAUGUGAGUGAAAGAGAGAAAGUAAAAGACAAUUUCAUUCUAUAAAUGCUCAUGUUUUUACCAUUUAAUAAUGCCUCAUGCUCCGAGAAACCAUUUUCAAUAGAUCAGUGUAUAAAGUAUUGUACGGUGUAACUAUGGCCCAAUCAACAUGCACACAAGGAGAGAGAGAGCGAAAAAAACGGAAGCUGAAUACAUACUUGUGCAAAUGAAAUAUGAUUCCCAACCCACGCGCAUCCCUUCCCUUGUCCCUCAACAGCACAAUCAUGAAUUAUUUAAAACAUCAAUUAAAAAGUUUAAGUUAAAUGGAGAGGAUAAUUAUAUACUAUUUGAUUCGGUUCUGUUUAAUAUAGAUUAGAAGAUGCUGUACGUCGAUAAAAAAAUUCCGCUAAUAUCCAAAAUUUA